ACGAAUGCUCGCGCUCGUGGGUGCCGUGCUGUCGACAGCCGCCAGCUCGCUGCUCGUCCUCGUCGCGCUGGUGCUCCUCGCCCCAGAGUGCGCGCGCCUCGCAGACGUGCUCUUUGCGCCAGUGGACGAGCACGAUCGCUCCCGCCAGAGCACCGUCGCAGCACUCGCAGCACGCCUCGCGCGUCGCAUCAUGGCAGCCACUACUCAGCCCCAGAGCGCCGUAGUCGUGCCAAGGCCGCCAGCCGGAGCAGCCCCAAGCACCCCAAGCACUGCUCCUGCCAAUACGAAUGCGAAUGCGAAUGCAAAGCCACCCCGCCCGACGACACCAUCGAGCCGGCACGAGCAAGUCAGAUACGCCGUAGCACUCGUCGUCUACUUGCCAGUCCUAUGGGCCGUUCGCAUGGCACAGUUCGUGGCGCCGUGGUUUUCCCGCUCGGCCAGUGGCGUGCCACGACGCGAGCAGUCCUUGCUGACCUCCGACCGUCAUACGACUGCGAUAGUCAACAGCAAUACCAGCAGUGCUUCGAGUCAAGGAGCGGUCGUGUCUGGUGGCGCAAGUGGACCGGCCGCACCCUCGUUGGACAACACCGGGUUGUCGUCCAUGCGCAAAUCUGCCACGGUCGCUGCGGCUCGCGCGACACACAGACAUUCCAUCAACCUGCAGGCUGCAAUUGCAGAGGCAACGACAGAGAAACUCCCGGCUACGCGAAACCUGGGGAGUCUGUCGCCUUCGACGGACGUGCUGUUCUCCAGUUCUGCUGCAACAACCCCCGACAUUUUUUCAGCGGAUACCACCGAUGAAGCCGCCGAUGAUGCGCCAUUGUUGUCCGGCGAUGGGAAGCAAGUCAGAAGGAAUAAGCAGCACCUCAAUGGCGACGCAGAGACGACGCAGCCCACUCGCAAGCGGCGUCGCCACAGCCAACAGAGCCGGCAGCGGCAGAAUAGCGUCAACCAGUUGUGGCAUGCAGAUGACGAAGCCGGAAGAGGUCCUUCUGGAGCAGGCAGUCUCACAACCGAUGCUGUCGGGUCUGGCACUCCACUCUACAGCAGCUACAUGUAUCUGCCUCAAGUGUUGCACAGCAAGCCGCCUGCAAGUACUGUGACGCUCUCUGCUGAUGCUGCGAGUGGACAAUCCAAUGGACAACAACAGCAGGGGCAGGCGCACAGCUUUGAUGAAGGAGACGUGCCUUCCAUCCUGUGGGGCUCGCCAUCUCAACGCCAACAAGCGCUCGAACAAAUGCUCGCUCAACGGCUCGCAUUAAUGCGCGUGCCCUUCAAGCGACGCGGCAAUAUUGUAUCCAAGGAGGUGGACGACGUCAUCGAGUCCAUUCUCAAGCUGUUCUUUCGCGACUUUGUCCACCCGUGGCACGAUGUCAUUUCCAAAGACGGCGAGUUUAUCGACCGCUUGUACGAGAGCGUCUGGGGCUUGAUUGGCGCGGUUGGCAUCCGCUGCACGAAAAUCGACACUGUUGCUCUGUUGGCGCAAGACAUGGUUCAAAAGCUCCACGACCAUCUGCGCGACAUUCGCCUCACCGCCGAGGCUGCGUCCAACGCUGCUGCUGCCCGCCGCCGCGGCGAGCCCGAUUCGCGAAUCCCUCCGACCAUACCAUUUCGGCUGCACCCUUGCUUGCAAAGUCGCGAGGCUGAAGUCCAGUAUCUCCGCGAAGCCAGCGAGACAUUUUUGCUUGCCGUCCUGCCCUCCGAAGUGUCCCACUGUCUGCCCAUGCGCCACAUGUUGCGAGAAAUCCUUGCAAUCUGGGUCUUCCUUCCGACGGCAGAUUUGCUGUGCGACCCUGACUAUAUCAAUCAGAACAUUAUCUGGCAGCUGCGUGACAGGCAUCUUGCAGCGCAACAGCAGUUUCUGCAACAGACUGGCCAGCAGCCGCCACCCGCCACCAAUGCUAGCAGUCCAGUUGUAUCAACGUCGCCACCGCCCGCGUCGACAUUGGACGCUCCGGCUCCAUCUGGACCACCGACACAAGUCGAUUCGCAACAGCCACCAGCUCCUGUCGCAGCCAACGACGACAAGCCCGCUGGUUCUGAUCCGGAGGAGUCAGAUUCCGCUCCAUUGCCCGAGUCCUUGCCACAACAACAGCAACAACAACAACAACAACAACAACAACAACAACAACCACAACAAGAACAAGAGCCAGAACAUUCCGACCCACCAGUUCCAGCUCAGGUGCAGCAGCCUUCGACGGCUCCUGAACAGCGCGAGUCGAGAACAGAAGAGUCCAUUGCCAUGGCCUUGGACGCCUUUUCGGCCUUUUCCAACACCCCUACAUCACUGAUGUUCAUGGAGCAGGUCACGGCCGUCUCGCGGUCUAGCCACAGCGCGCCUUCUGUCGUCAAGAAGCGACCACCAUUCCCGCAAGCCGAUCGCGUUCGCGACCGGGAGCGCGGUGCGUUCUCGCAGCGUCUCGAAUUUUUGAACGAGGAGAUUGAUCUCAAGGAAAAGCAACUCAAACAAACGCAAAUGAAGGCUGCCAAUUACUUUCACUGCCCUCCCGAAGUGGAAAAGGAAGUGGCAGAGCUAGAGGCCAUCCUUGAAGCGCACCGCUUGGAGAAGCGCGCUAUUGAGCACCACAUUGAGCUGACAGACCAAUGGUGCACCACUUUGGGUCAAUGGGCAGCCCGCGUGCACAGCGCGGAACUGAACGAGUUUGAGCACCGCCAAGUUCCCAUUUUCGUGGUUGUUGUUCACCGCACUGACGUGGACGAGCCCAUGGGCUGGGUGGUGGCGCGCCGCUACGACGAAUUCCAGGAGCUGCAUUCCUUCUUGCGCGAGAGGUCGGACACGGCCAGGAAACUCGACCUGCCAGGCAAGCGCUGGUUUGGCGGUCAAUCCAAGUCACUCGAGAAAUCUCGCCUGCUGCUCAACGACUACCUUGUCGCAGUGCUCGCCGACCCAGAGCUGUGUCGAAGCGAGGUUAUUUUCGAGUUUUUGAGUCCCAGUCCCAAGAAUUUGCGCGCGAAUCUUCCUCGAGAAGCGCCGGGCGAGGACGCUCAGGCUGCCAGUGCUUCCACAGCUUCUCAGGCGGGUGCGUCCGCCACUUCCGCACCUUCGACCACGGCAGCUGCUGGAGACAAGGCUCGAAGCAGCUUGUCGUCUCGGCUCAAGUUUUGGCAUCGCGAGGACUCGAGCGCCUUGACUGGAGACACUGAUUGGGUGGACAUUGUGAGCGGAAGCGAAUCGAUGCCUAUUCUCUCACCAGCAGCAGCAGCAGCAGUAGCGGGGGAUUCCGAUUUCCCCAUGGAUGCUACUAGUGCGGCGGCCGAUGUCCCUGCUGUGGCUAGAAUGGAGAAAGUGCUGGUCGAGCCGGACUUUGACGACGUCAACUUGAACGCGGCAGACGAAGAGUCGGAUCAAAAGAACAGCACGCGCGAUGACUUGGCCGAGCCCGUGUUUGAUCUGAUUGGAGAGCUGUUCGAGUUGCAUGGCAUGUUCCGCUGGGUGCGAAAGCAGGUCAUUCUCUUUAUUCAGCUGACCUUUGGCGGAUCGAUCAAUCGCAACGUCGAAAAGACCGUUCACUGGUUUACGUCACGCACUUCGCAGCUGUACUACUUUGAGCGCUUGCGGGAUGCCUUCUGGCCCAACGGAGUCUGGGCGUCGGCCUACCCGCUGCGAUCGCCCGAGGACAAGCUGCACACUCGUCUCCAAGCCAAGACUGCGCUGCUCACCUCGCUUCCAGACCACCUCGUCAGCAUGCUCGGCCAGGACAAUGGGCGCCGCGGUGCCGAGCGUCUGUUUGAGAGUCUCCAAGACGCGCAGAAAAACAAGCACCUGUUUUACACCAUGUUCGACCUGACCCUGUUCAGCCUGUGCCCCGAGCUGCAGUCCGCCCAAGUUCAGGAGCUAGCCAGCGCGCUUAAUAGUGUCAACCUGUACGGCGGUGACCAAUCCAACGAUGGCGUGCGUGCAAGCCAGCAAGCCGACGUCAAGAGCCAGGUGCCGAAAUCUGGCAUGGCGCGACAGGCCUCGUCGGUGACGGCUACAACAAUGGCCGUCCUAACCACUGCGUCCAGCUUCAUUUCGGCGCCAUUCGUGGCAGCGGCAGGCUUGUUUGGUUGGCGGUCGUCGUCGGCACAGUCAAGCACGCCCGCGCUCUCUGACACGGCCACAGGAUCCGGGCUCGCUUCAUCGGGCCUGUCUUCCUCUUCCAGCAUUCCAGGUGGCUUCCCGCAGGGCGGCGGUGCACCCAACAACACGCCGACCUUCCGCUCGCGCCCGAUCGGCGGUGCGUCCAGUCCAGCGUUUCCAUAUGGCGGCCCCGGUCUUUUGGGCAGUAGCCCGCUUAGCAGCUCUCCGAGUAGCGCUUCUUUGAGCUCGGGUGCACGUGCUGCUGCACCUGUGGUGGCACCGUCGACUUCUGCUGGAACAUUUUCGGGUGUUGCCGUCUCGCCGCCGACCUCCCCGGCAUUGACCACAAGCUCUGGCUUGAGCUCCAACGAGGCUUCGAGCAGUGAUCUCGGUGAGCUAUCCCAACCGAUGCCUGCAUCGCAACAACCAUCCUCCCCCUCCUCCACGCCAAUGUCCGAAUCGGCGGUGCUGGCGGCGUCUGCGUUUGCGGCGGCUGCCGCCUUGCCCGUCGGGCCCGGCAGUGCCAAUGCCACCGCGACUCGGCGUCCAACGCACCAGGUUCCGUCUCUCUUCCCUGCCGUCCAGCGAAAGAAGGUUGCUUCCGAUAAAAUCAAGUCGCUGCAGUCUGGCGAUUUGUUUGCGGACGACGAUUGAGGGGGUGGGGUUGCUGCGUGGUUUCUCGCUUGUAGGUUUUUCAUUGUAAUUUUUUUUGUUUAUACAUUUGCUGUACG